CCAGAUCUCCUCAAUUUCAAGAAGGGAUGGAUGUCCAUCCUGGACGAGCCGGGAGAGUGGAAGAAGCACUGGUUCGUGCUGACCGACUCCAGCCUGAGGUAUUACCGGGACUCGAACGCGGAGGAGGCUGAUGACCUCGAUGGAGAGAUCGACCUCCGCUCCUGCACGGAUGUGACGGAGUUCGCGGUGCAGCGCAACUACGGCUUCCAGAUACACACAAAGGACGCUGUCUUCACCCUGUCGGCGAUGACCUCGGGCAUCCGGCGCAACUGGAUCGAGGCCCUGAAGAAGAAUGUGCGCCCAGUCAGUGCUCCAGAUGUCACCAAGCUGUCUGACUGUGACAAGGAGAACUUCCGUAACUGCCUCCCCCAGAAGGGCUCCCUCCGGACGGAGGAGCAGCAGCGGCUGGGCCCGGGCUCCGAAGGGCACCCCAAGGGCAGCCCCUGGAAGGCGGAUGGGCAGCGCCACGCCUUCGACUACGUGGAGCUGUCUCCCUUGCCUCAGGAGCCCGGGAAUCAGGGGUCCCCUCAGAGGACGAGAGGCAGCGUGAGGAUCUCCGAGCGAGCUCCCAAGCAUGAGGAGCUGGAGCGGGAUCUGGCCGCGCGCUCGGAGGAGAGGAGGAAAUGGUUUGAGACCCCCGACAGCAGGGUCCCAAAUAGCAAUGGCCCAGCAGGAGACUCUCCCCGCAGGGUGGGGGAGCAGGACCUCCCCUCUCCCCAGCUUUCGGAGGAGCAGCGGAUUCAGCUGAAUGAAGAGAUAGAGAAGAAGUGGCUGGAGCUGGAGCGCCUGCCCCUGAAGGACUCACGACGGGUGCCCCUGACCACACUGCUGAAUCAGAGCAAGGGUGGCCACGGAGACACCAACGAGGCGCUGAAAAAGGAGGUCCAGUCACUGCGGGCACAGCUGGAGUCCUGCCAGGCCCGGAACCAGAGCCUUCAGGAGGCAGCAAAAUCCCAGGGAGAGGCCCACGUGCCCCGGGGGUACAUCUCACAGGAGGCCUGUGAGCGCAGCUUGGCUGAGAUGGAGUCGUCCCACCAGCAAGUGAUGGAGGAGCUCCAGAGGCACCACCAGCGGGAGCUGGAGCGGCUGCGGCAGGAGAAGGAGUGGCUCCUGGCAGAGGAGGCUGCGGCCACAGCAGCAGCCAUCGAAGCUCUGAAGAAAGCCCACCGGGAGGAGAUGAAUAAGGAGCUGGGCAGGACACGGAGCUUCCAGCAGUGCAGCUCCAUCUCAGAUGCCCUCCAGAAGCAGCACCAGUCGGACGUGGAAUCCCUGAAGCGGGAGCUGCAGGUGCUUUCUGAGCAGUAUUCCCAAAAGUGCCUGGAAAUUGGGGAGCUCACCCAGAAGGCAGAGGAGAGGGAGCAGACGCUGCAGCGCUGUCAGCAGGAGGGAAAGGAGCUGCUCAGGAAAAACCAGGAGCUGCAGACUCGCCUCUCGGAUGAGAUCGGGAAGCUCCGAAGCUUCAUCUCCUCACGGGGCUCCCCGCACAACAACGAGCGGAGCUCCUGCGAGCUGGAGGUGCUGCUGCGGGUGAAGGAGAACGAGCUCCAGUACGUGAAGAAAGAGGUGCAGUGCCUCCGGGAGGAGCUGCAGAUGAUGCAGAAGGAUAAGAGAUUUGCCUCAGGGAAGUACCAAGACGUCUACGCGGAGCUGAACCACAUCAAGGUGCGCUCGGAGCGCGAGAUCGAGCAGCUGAAGGAACAUCUCCGCCUGGCUGUGGCUGCCCUGCAGGAGAAGGAGUCUCUCUGCAACAGCCUCGGCGAGUAA